GCUGCAGUCCUCAGCCUCGCGAUCAGCCACCUCUGAGUCUCGCGCGCAGUCCUGAGGGAAAGUUCGCGUCGACCGAAACUCCGAGUUUCUCGGGAUACUGUUUAAAUGUUUUUAUCGAUGGCACUUUUCGGUUCAGUCGCAGCGAUGAGUGGAGUAUAAACGACUUUAAACGGAUGCACCGCUGGGAUUAGUGAACUUUUUCUUCAUCGCAGGAAAGGGGACGCGCACUCACACGGACGCGCAUAACGCAGGAUUGUGUUUCAGAAGAAUCUGAAUUUAUGACCUGGAUCUGAUUCAGUUUGGAUUUUAUCCUUAUAUGUGUGAAAUGUACUCUGAAGUUAGUUUGGUUAAGUUAAUUGCCGAAAGUUAUUCAUGAGCUGCUUAACUUUUUAAAGAAAGAUUUAUAGAGAAGUUUUGAGGAUUUCAAUCAGAUUCGAGACUGAAGUGAUUUUUGUGAUCCGAAUCUAAUGAGCUGACAGGAGUUUGAGAUGGAUCAUGUUUUCUGGAUUGUUUCUCUCUUCUGGUGGACUGGACUCGUCUCAGCAGAGGAAGAGGUGCUGAUGAACACAAAACUACAAACAUCUGAUCUGAGAUGGACCAUCUACCCCAACAGUGACCCUGAGUCCCAGUGGGAUGAGGUGACCGGAUUGGAUGAAGAGGGGAACAGCGUCCGCACCUUUCAGAUUUGUCCGAUGGACAGUCCCGUGAGCCACUGGCUGCGGACGAGGUUUAUUCCGCGGCGCAGCGCGUCUCAGGUGUACGUGGAGAUCCGCUUCACCAUGAUGGAAUGUUCUGCCAUGCCGUCCAGCUACCGCACCUGCAAAGAGACCUUUAACCUUUACUACUACCAGAGCGACGAGGACACGGCCACGAGCACACACCCCGCCUGGAUGGAGAACCCCUACAGCAAGGUGGACACCGUGGCGGCCGACUUCCUGUUGCGGCGCGGCGGAGAGAGGAAGUCCAACGUGAAGACGGUGCGCGUGGGUCCGCUGUCGAAGAGAGGCUUCUAUCUGGCCUUCCAGACUCAGGGCGCGUGUAUGGCGCUGCUGUCCGUCAGGGUGUUCUUCAAGAAGUGUCCCGCCGUCACACGGGCCUUCUCCUCCUUCCCCGAGACGCUCCCUCAUUCGCUGGUGCAGCAGGCGGAGGGCGUGUGCGUGGAGAACUCCGCCCCCGUGGGCCAGAACGUGGCUCCGCCCACCAUGUUCUGCGGGGAGGACGGCCAGUGGGUGGGGCCUCCGUCAUCAACGUGCGCGUGUAAACCGGGAUACGAGCCUGUGGACUCGGAUCGCUGCAGGGCAUGUGGAUCAGGCCAGUAUAAAGCGUCCGUUGGCGGGAGUUUGUGUCGAGUGUGUCCAGACAACAGUAAUGCACACUCAGCUGGAUCCAGUGAGUGUGUGUGUCGUUUGGGAUUCUACCGCGCCACCAGUGACUUCCCUGAUUCAGCCUGCACCAAACCGCCGUCGGCUCCGCGCGGCAUCAUCUAUCAGAUCAACGACACUGUGGUCACUCUGGAGUGGUCGGAGCCUCUGGACCGCGGCGGGCGCUCCGAUCUCAGCUACAGCGUGGAGUGCGCGUGCUGCCGAGGCUCCGUGUGCGUCCCGUGCUCAGACAGCGUCACCUACAGGCCGGGGCAGGUGGGCUUGACCGCGAGGCGCGUCAUCAUCCGCGGGCUCCUCCCACACACUACCUACACCUUCACGGUCCUGUCCCAGAACGGAGUGAGCGCUGUCAGUCACACGGGCCCCGCCUUCAGCGCCGUCAACAUCACCACCAGCAGAGACGUGGCCGUUCCUGUGUCCGGCGUCAGGAGGACCAAAGCGUCCGAGAGCAGCGUCUCUCUCAGCUGGACGGUUCCUGCGCAGACGCAUCACAACAUUCAGGAGUAUCAGCUGCGCUACAGUCUGAAGGGUCAGGAGGAUGGAUGGCAGUACAUCAGCAGUAAAAGUAACUCUGUGGUUCUGAACGAUCUGGCUCGUGCGUCACAGUACCUGGUGCAGGUCCGAGCGAGAACCGCGGCGGGAUAUGGUCACUUCAGCACCGCCGCCACGAUCAGCACGCUUCCUGACGAGGAAGAAUCUCCGUCGCGGAUGAUGCUCACCGGUGUGCUGGUUGCUAUAGGACUGCUCGUUCUCAUUGCCGUGGUGAUUGUUGCCGUGUUCUGCUUCAGGCGCUCCAACCGGACCAGGGAUCCAGACCCGGAUAAGAGCGGCCAGUUCCUGAUGGGUCAGGGGAUCAAAGUCUACAUCGAUCCGUUCACGUACGAGGAUCCGAACGAGGCCGUGAGGGAGUUCGCCAAAGAGAUCGACGUGUCGUUUGUCAAAAUCGAGGAAGUUAUCGGCGCCGGUGAGUUCGGCGAGGUGUGUCGCGGCCGGCUCAGGGUUCCCGGGAAGAAAGAGAACUAUGUGGCCAUUAAGACGCUGAAGGGCGGCUACACGGAUAAGCAGAGGCGGGACUUCCUGUCUGAGGCGUCAAUCAUGGGUCAGUUCCAGCAUCCUAACAUCAUUCACCUGGAGGGAGUGAUCACAGCUUCCUGUCCCGUGAUGAUUCUGACCGAGUACAUGGAGAACGGCGCGCUGGACUCCUUCCUGCGGCUGAAUGACGGUCAGUUCACGCCCAUCCAGCUGGUGGGGAUGUUGCGUGGGAUCGCGUCCGGUAUGAAGUACCUGUCGGAGAUGAGUUACGUUCACCGUGACCUGGCGGCGCGGAACAUCCUGGUCAACAGUAACCUGGUGUGUAAGGUGUCCGACUUCGGCCUGUCCCGGUUCCUGACGGAGAACUCGUCCGACCCCACGUACACCAGCUCACUGGGCGGGAAGAUUCCCAUCCGCUGGACGGCUCCCGAAGCCAUCGCCUUCCGCAAGUUCACGUCCGCGUCAGACGUCUGGAGCUACGGCAUCGUCAUGUGGGAGGUGAUGUCCUUCGGAGAGAGGCCGUACUGGGACAUGAGCAACCAGGACGUGAUCAACGCCAUCGAGCAGGACUACCGCCUCCCUCCUCCCCCAGAAUGCCCUGCGUCUCUGCACCAGCUCAUGCUGGACUGCUGGCAGAAGGAGCGAUCGUCCCGUCCGCGUUUCUGCGCCAUCGUCUCCGCGCUGGACAGACUGAUCCGAAACCCGGCCUCGCUCAAGAUCACCGGACGCAUCCCGGACGGGCCGUCUCACCCUCUGCUGGACCAGCGUCCUCCUCCUCCUCUGUCUCACUGCAGCUCGGUGGGCGACUGGCUCCGGGCCAUCAAGAUGGAGCGAUACGAGGACGGCUUCCUGCAGGCCGGAUUCACCUCCAUCGAGCUCAUCUCUCACAUCUGCACUGAGGAUCUCCUGCGGAUCGGCGUGACUUUAGCGGGACACCAGAAGAAGAUUCUGUCCAGCAUCCAAACGCUCCGAAUCCACAGCGGAUCCCUGCGAUACUGACGCUUCCCAGCAUCCCCUGCUUCUGCCUCUAGCUCUUAUAUGGCUCAGUCCGUCCACGAUCGGUCGACCAAUCACUGUGGAGCGUCACAGAACCAGCCAAUCAGAGGGAUUUUUUAUUCUCGUCGUUUGAUUCGGACUGAUGGAUUCCUCUCAGGACACGAAGAGAGACAGACGAGCGUUACGUCACAGACUUCUACAGGAAACACGGGACAUUGGAAUAUGACGUGUUCCUGUUGCCGUGCAUUAUGGGAGUUUAAUCGGAUCUUCACAUUGAAGGUUCAUUAUAAUUAUUUUUAUUAUUAUAAUGUGAGAUUAUUUUGUAAUUAUUUUGUACGUAUCAGAACUGCACAAAUAAUGAACGAAUGUUUGUUUAGCCAAAGUACUGUGGGAGCUGUCAAUCAAACCAAGUGUAAUCCGUGUGACCAAUCACAUUAAAGAUUCACCCUGGCCCCUCCCA